AUGUGCUUCAAUUGCCAAUUCUGCAAUGCUAAAAAGUGGGCUGGGGAACCACCUGCGAUGUGCUGCUUAAACGGUAAGGUCAGCUUGCCCCCUCUUCGGGAGCUGCCAGACCCUUUGAAGGAAUUACUUACUGGUUCCACCUCAAGGUCAUCAAAAUUCCUUCAACUCAUCAGGAAGUACAAUUGUGCAUUUCAGAUGACUUCUUUCGGGGCUAACGUUGUCAGAGAAACUGGUUGGAUGCCUACUUUCAAGGUCCAGGGCCAGGUGUACCACCAUAUUGGGUCACUCCAGCCACUACAAAAUUGCAAACCUUUGUUCCUUCAAAUUUAUUUCAUUUCAAAUUACAAUAGGCAACUUGAUGUGCAUUUCGGCGUAAUUCCACAACCUGCAAACACUGACGCUGACAAUUUCGACAGAGACGUGCUGCUCAGUCUGCAAAACAUGCUUCAUGAGCACAACAGCUACAUUCACAGUUUCAAAUACGCCUUGGAAACAGCCCCUUCACCAACAUUCACCAUUGUCAUCGAUGCUGACAAAAGACCUUCUGGGGAGCACGCACGCCGAUAUAACGCCCCUUCGUGCAAUGAAGUGGCCAUAGUUCCCCAUGGUGAACAGCACAAUAAGCGAGACAUAGUUCUUCAAAGUCGCGACAGUGGUCUUCAGCGUAUUAAUGAGACGCAUCAGUCAUAUGAUGCCCUGCAGUAUCCCCUUCUUUUUACGUAUGGAGAAGACGGGUACCAUUUCGGCAUUCCUCACCACAAACCAAACGAGCCCUCGGCUGCGACAUCUAAAACUGUUUCAUGUAUGGCUUUUUACUCAUACCGCUUCAUGACAAGGCAUAAUAAUUUCAACCCCCUGCACAGAUCACGGCAACUGUUUCACCAGUUUGCAGUUGACAUGGCUGCAAAGAUGGAGUCCGAGAGACUGGGCUUCAUCAAAUUGAAUCAGAAGCAGCUGCGCUCAGACUCCUACAUCCAUUUGCGUGAUGGCAUCAGGAAUGACACUGACGCCCGCAAUAUCGGCAAAAUGUGCAUUCUCCCCUCAACCUAUACAGGGGGCCCACGGUACAUGCACGAGCGAACACAAGACACUAUGACUUAUGUUCGGCAUUAUGGGCGACCCGAUUUAUUCAUUACCUUUACAUGUAACCCAAAGUAG